AUGAAAGCUCGAUCUGCCUUUCCUUCUUCCUACACUGGAUCUCAUUGGCUUGACUCGAAGUUGGUCAAAUGCAUCUUGGAUGAUAUAUGGUACCACAACCAAUUUAGUGGCGUCGUCUCGUCGUGGUACCUUGAGCAGUUUCCACUUUCUUCCUGCGGGGGUAGCAAGAAUGGUGGGGGUGGAGGGGCCCGAGAAGGGUCGACAGCAAGAUUGAGGUCAGUCUGUAUCUCGGCAGUCAUUACUGCUGAUCGUGACUUGUUCCUUUCGUUUACCGAAGGACAAAUUGGGCUUAUUGGGGUCCGUAUCGAAAGAAAGAUAUUAUCAGGUCAGAAAAGAUUUGUCACCGCGCCGGGCAAGAGCCUCGCGUUAGGCUCCACAAACCACGGCCAGUAA